GCUAAAUGCAUAAUCUCGGAUGCUUGAUGAUCCUCUGGUCUACAAGCAACUUCUCACUUUUGAAUUUGCUCAACGGCACGCACAUCCGCGAUACUACUAUCUUCAACAUGCCCGCGUCGAACCCCUGGACCCUCAGCACGCUUCCCAUCAUUGGCACGGCCAAGAACGACAAUUCGACUUGCCAGUCGUGCAAGCAGUGCAUUCCCCAAGGCGCGGUCCGCGUCGGCCUCAUCUUCCACCACCUCAACGGGUACAUCGCGCUCGAUUGGCACCACUUGACGUGCUGCGAGACGCCUGCGCAGCUCCCGCAAAUCGAGGGCUACGAACUCCUGAGCGCCCAAGCCCAAGAGCAGGUCCAGCAUUACAUUGACCAAGUCACCGUGUCGUGAAUGCUUGGCGACGUCGACCAUUGUGUCCAUUGCUCCGUCACUGGAGUCUGAACCCCGAGGCAAGCGCCGCGUACGGGCGCCCACACCUCUCACAACCUCACGCUCUGCGCUGACACGCACAAGUACCGGUAGAUUGCCGACUCUCAGAAAGUCAAACUCAGUCAAUGAAUAUACUUGAAAUACAUUUGAAACAACAAUUUGUGAUCGA